AUGCAUAAGAGCCUUCCCAAAAACCCCCAAAAAGUUCCUGAAGUGCUAGGAAACUGGUGCAUCAACUGUCACCUCAGAAAGGCAAGGCAAUAAUUUCAGCUUGUGACACCAAUGCAAAGCAGCACAAGGUCCAAAGGAGAAUGAGUUAAGAGAUAAGAUUCUCUUUCAGAGGAAGAAAUAAGGCAAAUUGAGGAGUUCUAUCUAAGAGACAACAUAAGCAGAAUUCUUCCUGGCAAAAAAGAUAAAGUGUCUGUGAAUGCUGAGAGUGGCAGAGAAGCAAUACAAGAGCGAUUGCUACUAGUAAAUCUGCGCGAAGCACAUGCCUUAUUUAAGGAGGGUUUGAAGUUGAAGGUCGGAUUUUCCAAGUUUGUGUCUUUGAGGCCUCCGCAAGUGCUGCCUAUGACCCUUUGUGAUCAAGAAGUUCGCAUGUGCAAAUAUCACUAA